AUGCAAACUGCUUACGAAUAUAAUUUACAAACUCCAAAUUACGAGACGUUAGGCUACAUCAUAGCUGCUGCGAAUCUUAAGGAUAAGCAUGAUAGAUCAGCUCCGUCGCACUUUCAUUGGAAAAUUCUAAAAUGCAGGAUGAUUAUUUUUUCCAAUUCAUCCAUAUUGGCGUGUCCAGAUAAGAGUGAUGUGAAACGAGUUCAUAUUAUUUUCAACAAAAUUGGGGAUGACUUUGACAAACUCAAUUCAUUGUUUUUAAAGUUUUCUCUCGUGCAAGAGGGCGCAAUACGACAGGUAACAUCGGAAAAAUUUCAAGCAAGCUUACAUUAUACAAUCACUGCGAAAUUAGCUCCACACUGGAAUGUUUUAGGACAUGAAUAUCUCAUCAAUAACAGAAAUUUUCUAACAAGCAAUGAGCCUCAGGAUGGAGUCAAAUUUAACGUUUUUAUUAAAGAUCAAGUGAUAUCGAUAAAUCUCAAACCAGUAAAAAUACAUAUAAUGCGAUCAGACGAAGAUUUUCGCCCUGGCGAAUGUAUAAGAGUCCUGCCGAGCUUAUUUAAAGCCACUGUUAGUGACGUGUAUGAAAGCCUUCCCGAGUCAGGCAACUUCAGGACAUACAAAGAUUUGCGUCGCCAUUGGAAAAAUAUUCAUGGAUACCGUUUACCCGAAGAAGAAGGGUUGUACUGCACCAUUCAGUUUUGGCGGGGAGAACCUUUGCUUUAUCCAAAGAUAUGUGUGGUCAGGCAUUUCCCAAUUAUAACGCCAAUUCCUAAAACUGAAGAAAAUGCAGUGCUUGCAAAGUUUCUAAGCUGUUUAAACUCUAAGAUGUCUAGUAUGCUGGGCAUGCCACUGUCUAUCGUUCAGCCAAGCUACGAUGACGUAAGAAAACAGUUUAAUGAACGAUUCGACGAUACUCAAGCUGUAAGUUUGUGCACACCGACUCAACACGUUGGCUCAUCUCGUCUUUAAUUAAUAAUGCUCAAUGUUGGGAAGAAAUUAAAAAAUACUAAUUCAAUGUAUUAUUUUAAUCACAUAAUAUACUUACUUAAUAAAUAUGAUUCGUCGUUA